GACUCUCAUAUCACAGAUAUCGCAGUGCCCGCCUAAAAUCUUGAUUCUGAUACUGUGGCAAAUCCUUCCCUCAUUGAAGCACAUGUUAUUCCUCUCUCAGUUGGUUUAUUAUAGUUCUAGAUAGUAAUUUUUAUUCUUUUGAUUAAAGUGAAAUAGUGCUCCUACACCAUGGCCGACUUGGACGACUUUUUUGCGAAGAAAGACCGUAAGAAGAGCAAAACUACUAAGAAAUUUACAACCACUGAUGACCUCGCCAAAAAGCUGGAAGAAACGUCCAAAAAAACAGAGAAACUAAAGAAAGAGAAAAUGACUGCCUCAUCAGUCCCUACAAACAACUUAGCUCAGGACAUAGUUGCUGAUGAAACUGCAGCUCCUGCAUUCAAUGAUGAGGAUGAAUGGAAAGAGUUCACGGAGGAGAAAAAAGACUACUCAAGUCUGAAAAUUCAGCACCUCCAAAUUUCGGAGAAUGAUGCAGAAAAUGGGGAUCAAAACGAUAGCAAUUAUGAUGGCUUUGAUGAAGAAGGAAAUGAAACCCAGCCUGGGAGCAGACGCAAGCAAGGGCCAUGGAAAAUGGUUGCGCCUCAGCCGCAGGCACAGCCUGAGCCGGAACCGGAACCCAAACCAGCAGAAGUGCCUCCAGCUGCUCAGCCUGCCUCAGGGAAAUACAUAAGUCCAGCUUUAAGGCAAGCAAUGAUGCAAGAAAAACAGUUACAAAGAGCUUCAUUGAAAAAUCUGAAGAAAGGACAAACACCUGAUCUUGGAGAUGUUUCAUCAUUUCCAACUUUAGACCAAGCCAAGAAAGCACCAGCUUCAACAUCAGCUUGGGGAAAAAAGAGAACAGACGAGCCUCAGCAGCCAUCAGCACUCCCUCGUGAUAGUAGAACAAUACGUGGACCUCCAUCUUUCAAUAGGUCAUCGAAUUCAGACUACAAUAGAUCGGACAGAGACUACAAUAGAUCCGACUACAAUAGAUCCGACUAUAAUAGAUCCGACUACAACAGAUCAGACUACAACCGGUCAGACAGAUCUGAUUACAAUAGACCAUCCGAUAACAGAUAUGACUCAUUGCGUGACAACCGAAGCUGAAUUGGAAUUAGUGUAGAACAAUUGUCUAGGGGUUUUUAUCGUCUUUGUUAUUUUUUAAAGUUUUCGAUUUUUUUAACUCCUGUUCCGCCUCUGCCUCUGUGCGUUCCACAGAGAGUCUACAGAUAGCAAUAAUUAAGAGGAAAUUACACUUCCAAAGAAUCCUGCUUACUCUCUUACUUAGAAGUUUACUUAAUAUGCAUUCAAGUUUAUUCUUUAGCAUUUAUUAUAACUGUUUGAAUUUUUGUAUUUUUUAUCUAAAUUAGCUGUAUCAGUAAUGAGUAGACAAGGAAGAAAUGUAAAGCGGUGUCUUCAAGAUCCUGAUUUGCUAUUUGUUAAAUUUAAUCUUGCGUGAAGACUUAAAUAUGUAACAAGUUUUGAUAGUAUUGACCUCGUUUGUAAAACCAGGAAUCUAAUCGGAAUAACUCGGAAAAUCGUUUCAUACCUUUGGAAGUAAAAAUGCAACCUGAGAAAAUAUGACUUUUGAUUAAUGAUAUUUGUAGAAAUUCUGUGGAACUUUUUUAUAUAGUUUUUGUUUUUUUUAUUCAUUUUUUUUUAUCACUACCUCCGAUUAAAUCUUAUAAUGAGCACGAUGAGCGUCUUCUCUCAAGAUACUUAAAACUGUUCAGAAAGUAAUGUUAAAGGAAACACUUUUCCAUUUUUUUCCCAUCACUGUUCAUUUAUUCUCUUUUUUUAAACUAGUGUAUCAUAAUUUCAUUAUUAAGUACGUAAAUUUUCUCAGCAUUAAUUUUUUCUCUUCAUUCAAUAGCUUUUGAAGCAAUAAAACUUCAAAAUUGAUCAUUGUCCAUUAGAGCAUAGUAUAUCAACUUCAGCUAAGACUGCUUGUCAACCAACUUUUUUUAGUGAUCACUCUAAAACAUGACUUGUCUAAAAAAUCCAGCAACAGAAACCCUCAACUGUUUUGUAAAAAACUUUUCAUCGGUUGCUCAAAAAUAUAAAUAUGUAACUUCAGUCUUAAGUCUUCAAUUUUAUAUCUCAAUUUCCUUUGUUUUGGGACUAACUAAUGUCAGUAUUAGUUAUUGUAUCAGCAUUUUACCCCAGCAUUUAGUAUUUUUCAAAGAAUUAACAGCCAUUUCUAAACAAAUCUAACAUUUUUUGAAAUCAAAACCUUAUACUCUUUCUUGGAUCUCAGAAUUCAGAAAUAUCUGCUUACUGUCAUACACAAUUCAUCCACUGUUGUUUAGUUUCACCGUUUCUUGUAUUUUCUAACCUCUAUUAGUCGACGCCAUCUUUCAAAUAGGUUUGCAGCAUUCUCUUCAUUCAUUUUCUAUGUGAAGAGCCUGUUUGAUUGAUUCAAAACAGUCUAUAAAAUUGCAAGCGAGUUCAUAUGUGACCAUCCGCAGUUGUCAAUUUUUUAAGAGAGCUGAUUCUAAUAGAUUUGGAUGGAAAAAAGAAGAUUUAACUUUCCGAUGGAGAACACUCUCCUGUAUUCAGAAUAAAAAGUUACUAGUGGCUCAGUUUAUAUUUGUACCAAUUGAAGGAGUAAAGUUCUAUAAUCGUA